AGCUGCUAGUAUUAGUCAGUUGUUAUCUUUAUUUGUUAGUUGUAUCUAAAAAUAUAUAUAAUAGCCUACAUUUAGGUUAUAUUUUGAAACGCUCUCAGCUUCAAUGCAACUCUCUGAAAUUAACACAAGUACGACUCAGAAAAUGGACACAGGAGCAAGACAGAGCAAGACUGAUGAUAUCGAUGUUAAUGGUGAUGCUAUAAGAGGCAAAAUCACAAUGGAGACAGAAGACUCAAAUACGACAAGAAUCAAGCCACCUGAAAACACAGGAAGUGAUUCAGUGAGGAUGAGAAACUACAGAGCAGCUGUAGUGUGUUUGGUGCUGCUGUGUGUUCUUCUGCUGGUUGCAGUUAUAGUGCUGGGUGUCAUACGUGCUCAAGGGAGAAAUAAUCUACACAUUAAGGAUAUGCGGGUUUGCUAUGGAUCCGCUUGUUACUACAUAUCCAAGAAGAAGAAGACCUGGACUGAGAGCAGAAAAUACUGUACAGAGAGAGGAGCAGAUCUGAUCAUCAUAAACAACAGAGAGGAACAAGAUAUUGUUAAGAGCAUGUCUGGUGACGAUGCAGUCUGGAUUGGUCUGACUGACAUUGAUGUGGAGGGAACAUGGAAAUGGGUUGAUGGCAGCACACUGACCUCUGGUUUCAGAUUCUGGACCCCUGGAGAUCCAUCUGGAAGAAGGGAAGAAAACUGCGCUAUGAGUGUAGCUGUGCCUUGGCCAGAGUUUAAUAAUGGAGUAGGUUGGCAUGAUGUUGCAUGUAAUAUUGCUCUUCGGUGGAUCUGUAAGAAGAGGGUUUGACUCCUCAUACUGCCAUAAGAACAUCACAUACCUUUUUGACACAAGUUCAACAGUAUAAAACUUUUGUAAGAACUGAUCAUCAUCUAAAGCAGUUUUUCUCAAACUUCUUGUUGACGGUCUCCUUUGUCAGACACAAAUUUCAAAAAAGAUAAAAUACAGGUGUUAAAAAUGAGUUACAAAGAAGGCUGCGUCAUUGUUAUCCAUUACAUUUGUUUUUAUUUUCAUCUAAAAUACAGCACUUCACAAACACACAUGGUUUACUUGAUUGAGUUAGUCAUCUAAAAAUGAAAUUUUGAAUGAAUCACUUUCAAGCUUUUUAAAAAAAGAAUGCAAC